UGUCCUGCACAACCCAUACAUAGCCACACAUUCACCCAGUACAAGUUAAAACACAUAAAGGUAUAACGAGUGAAGAGUCAGCAGCCAUACCACAAAGGUCAAGAUGACACGUGGCAGCAUAUAAGUGAAUGAAAACAACGCAUUCACACAAACCGUGGGAUCAAUUUAGCUGUGUCCUGUCCACUUGGCACUCCCAGAGCCAAAAACACCGUGUUCUUUUCUAAAAACCAGCCCCACCCAUUUCAAAAUAUCUCAUGCCAAUAUAAACACCAACUCUCGCUCCACUUUUCUCAAACCACAAACUUUUAACUCCACCUGAAAAGAAGAUAAAAGUGAGAGAAAUAAAUAUCUUAUCAAACCAGACAGAACAGAGAUCUUGUUACUUACUAUACUACACUCAGCCUUAUCCAGUUUUUCAAAAGAAGUUUUCAACGAUGAACUCAGUCUCUACUUUUUCUGAACUUCUUGGCUCCGAGAACGAGUCUCCGGUAGGUGGUGAUUACUGUCCCAUGUUGGCGGCGAGCUGUCCGAAGAAGCCGGCGGGUAGGAAGAAGUUUCGGGAGACACGCCACCCCAUUUACAGAGGAGUUCGUCUUAGAAAGUCAGGUAAGUGGGUGUGUGAAGUGAGGGAACCAAACAAGAAAUCUAGAAUUUGGCUCGGAACUUUCAAAACAGCUGAGAUCGCAGCUCGUGCUCACGACGUCGCCGCCUUAGCUCUCCGUGGAAGAGGCGCCUGCCUCAACUUCGCCGACUCGGCUUGGCGGCUCCGUAUCCCGGAGACAACCUGCGCCAAGGAUAUCCAGAAGGCUGCUGCUGAAGCCGCAUUGGCUUUUGAGGCCGAGAAGAGUGAUACCACGACGAAUGAUCAUGGCAUGAACAUGGCUUCUCAGGUUGAGGUUAAUGACACGACGGAUCAUGACCUGGACAUGGAGGAGACGAUAGUGGAGGCUGUUUUUAGGGAGGAACAGAGAGAAGGGUUUUACAUGGCGGAGGAGACGACGGUUGUGGGUGUUGUUCCGGAGGAACAGAUGAGCAAAGGGUUUUACAUGGACGAGGAGUGGAUGUUCGGGAUGCCGACCUUGUUGGCUGAUAUGGCGGCAGGGAUGCUCUUACCGCUGCCGUCCGUACAAUGGGGACAUAAUGAUGACUUCGAAGGAGUUGCUGACAUAAACCUCUGGAGUUAUUAGUACUCGUAUUUUUCUUAAAAUUAUUUUUGGAAUGAUAAUAUUUUAUUGAAUUCGGAUUCUACCUAUUUUUUUUAAUGGAUAUCCUUUUUUCUGGUAGUGUGAGAAACGAUUGUGAAUGUUUCCACAAAAGUGUUGGCAAUGUUGUCAAAUGCUGGGUAUUUUGUGCAGCAUAGUCAUCUUGGUUUCCUUAUAUGCAGCAACUAAAUUUUAGUUUUUAAGUAAAAACAGAAGAGGAAAGAGAAUGAAUGUUAUUAAAUAAAGAAAGAAAAAUCUAAAGGUGGGUUUAGUAUGAAA